AUGCAUUGGAAUCCAAUAACUUAUCCCAAAUGGAUGUUGUUAAUGUUACCAGUUUUAUUUUGCAAGUUUCUGGGAUUGGUUGAUAUGUUAGAACUACAAAAUGAAGUUGAAGAAGCUUCUUUUGACUAUAGCUACAGAUAUUAUAAUGAUAACCUUUCGUUGGACAUUUCGGAAAUACAAGGGCCAUCAACACAGCAAUUGUCGCCAGCGCAAAAUGAAAUAGUACCACCACCCAGCAGGAAAGAUAGUGUUGAUGAAAUUAUUAGUCCUGGGAAUCCAAAUCAACCGCGAAAGAAGAAUAAGAAAAACACAACCAAUACAAUUGAUCAUAAAAUUGAUGAAGCGUUCAACAUUCUGAAGAGGUCUGCGUCGAGCUUUAAGUCAAAUUCAUCCGAUGAAUGUACAACAUAUGGUGCCCAUGUAGCAAACAAAAUAAGAUCUUAUCCGCCACAGACUCGAGCGAUCGUCCAACACUAUAUUAAUAACAUACUUUUUGACGCGGACAUGGGAAGAUAUGAUUACUAUUCUGCAAACCCACAUAUUCUUUUUCAAAAUCCAGUACCACAAACAAAUCUAAGUUCCUAUUACUCGAAUACUCAUAUAGACCCUUCAAACCACUCUUCAUCAAAUUCGGUUGAUAUACCAAGGGAGUUUUUAUCUGAGUCUACGUCAUCUGUAUUAGAUCUAGGUGAUCAUCCGACAUAGAAUUAAAUAAAAAUAUAAAUUGCUGGGUACUUGUAA